UCCUCCACCCCCGGAAUCGUGUACAGCUUAGCCCCGAUCGGCCACGAGGUGGCGCGGGCUUCCACCAUAUCAUGGCAUACUUCAACCUCGACAUCGGCAGCAAAGCGGGCGCGGCACACAGCACCGCUCGCAGCCUCGCACUGCUCUCCUCGCGGCUGGGAGAAGCAGCAGCAGUCGAGCUGGAGUUGCCCCUGUGCGCCACCUGCUCCGCCCAGACGAGCUACAGUGGAAAGGACCUCGACCUCAAGGCGAGCGACUCCGCAUACAAGUGUCCCAUCUGUCUCGACCCGCGCCAGUACAUUGGUGUGCACGGCCAGAAAUGGACCACGCUGCGAAGCCUGAUCGAGAACGCAGAGAAGCCGCUCUACAACGACUUUCACGAGCUCUUGGACGGUUCCCUGUGGACAUUCAAGACCAGGCCCGCGUUCGGCAUCGGACAGAGGGCGUUCCUCCUCAAGGACCGCCGCUUCGAUGGGCUGGUCAUGUGGGACUGCGUUGCCUACCUCGAUGACGACACGCUCAAGGCGAUCGACCGCCUCUCUGAUGGAAAGGGCAUCACGCACAUGAUCGUCAGCCACCCGCACUAUUACAGCACCACCGCAACCUGGCUUGCAGCAUUCCCCAGCAUGACGCUCUGGCUCGCCAAAGAGGACUUCCACGACUGGUAUCCUCGGCGGGAGCUGGUGCAGGGCGUGGGUGGCGAUGGCCUGGCCGGUCGCAUCAAGCUGGUAGAUGCAGAGCAGACAGCGGUGGGCCCGGGCGGUCACGUCAAGAUCUUACUUCUCGGCGGCCACUUUCCCGGCUCCUUGGUGCUGCUGUGGAAUGACAUUCUCUUCAUCGCGGACACGAUUCAGGUCGUCCCCAGCGGCUUGUACAAGUCGGAUCAGCCACAGCGACCAGACGUGGCCUCAGUCACGUUCCUUUGGAGCUACCCGAACCAAAUCCCGCUCAGCGCGGCCGAGAUCAGGAGGGUGUGUGCUCCGCUGGAGAACGUGUCGUUCGACAAGGCCUUUGGUGCCUUUGAGGGCUUCGACAUCUGGGGGCAUGCCAAGGAAAAGAUCCUGCAGAGCCGGGACAUCUUCUGUCGCCGGCUGGCGACGCAGUGAUGUCUCUGGGAGCGUGCCGAUGGUAUCAUUUUUAAUCUCCAGAGCCAGCCCUGAAAAAGGAAUGCUUUACUCUAGUACACCGUCAACUGGAAAGGAAUUCGAAGCCAAGUCGGGUGAAAGGCAGACUUUCCUUACUGCCCAGUCUUGACACGAAUACCGGAUGGGGAGAGUGGCUGGUGCAUACAGGUGAUAUUUUGCUCCGAGAAGAGGGUCACACCACCUCGAAUGGGCCAACAGCACCAAGGACAUCCUCAUUUACAACAUCCAUUUUUUUUCCCUCAGUUUGUGUCAAGAUGUAUCAUCUGAUAAAGGAAUGCUCCGUC